AUGGACCCCACCCCAGACACCAAAGCCCAAGAUCAGAAGACCACCCGAGCAAGGCGGGGCACCACCCCAUGGAGACCACAACCCCCAACCACCCAGCAGCCGUCGACUCCCCAGUGCCAACACCCGUGCCCCACUGCCACCACCCACCCCCCCAAAUGGGCCGCGGGCCCCACAGCCCCAGUGCAGGGCCCCAGGACCAUGGCAGAACUGGCGAGUGAGCAAAGAUACAGUGUUGCAUUAAAAGCAGAGCAGGAGAUGGCAGAUGGCAGACUGCCGUGGGAGGCCGCAGCCACAGCCUACCCUGCAAACCCACCACCGCCUAGUGACCCUGACUCUAAAUUCCCAGCGGAAGGAAAGGUGCAGCGCAGGGAGUGGGCCACAUACACCGGCCCCACCGGACCCCUGGCCCAACACCAGACCCAGCAGAGGCACCACCGAAUCCACGAGACAAGGGGAGGCGGGCAGACCCGGAGGAGCACUGAAAGCCCAGGGGAGGAAGAAACCAACAGGGGGGACAGGGGGCCAGGGAGCCGCAGAUGGACGGGCCAUGCCGCCCAGUGGUCUCCGAACCAGGGAAGGCACAACAUAGGACCCUGGAGCAGUAGGGGAAGCCACGGAGCCAUAGGGAGACAGGUGGGUCCCACAAACCCGGAGGGAGAGGCAGGGGUAUGGAGGGCCACAUACAUCCGAGCCCCGGGGAGAGGUAUCACCCCCCACACCCCCCGCCCAGAUUCCGGACCCCAACCAACCGAUGGCAGAGCAGACAGACCCAAUGUGAAAAGGAACGAUGGCCGCCCAGUUACCCCCCCGUCACCACCACCCCCACUGCCAAUAGGACCAAAAGCCCCGCAGUGUGGCUCCGGGGCCCCCACCAGUGGGCCGACCAGCCCCCCCCGGCACAGAGGUGCACCCAUGCCCCGCAAGGGAGGAGCCUGA